AUGGUUCAGGGCUUAGGGGGAGGAAGCGACUUAACUCCUGAUGCUCGUCUUGUUACAGAGCAUGUAGAACUGCUGGCUUGGUAUUUGCAAAAUGAUCGGCUAGCGGUGGCCCACGUGGCCAUGUGCCUGCUUGAGGGGCCACACAAAGAAAUUUCGAGAGGUGUAAUUGACAAGUGCGGAGGAGAUUACGAAUUCAUUCGCCACUCUGUCAAGGAUUUCAUCGUUGAUUUGCCUCGAUCUGCCACCCCAAUAAACUUGGGUGAGAGUGGUCCAUCUGUAGCACUUCGAAAUGCAUUAAGGAAAGCUUGGAAAUUAGCCGAAGAGGAAGCGAGUCCAAUUGGUGUCCAUCAUUUAUAUCUCUCUCUUGUUGGUAUUCCCGCAUUCCAAAAAAUUAUGCUCAAAAGUGGAUGUGAUCUUAAAGUAUUCAAAACGGAAAUAGUUCUUGAAUUUAAGGGGAGGCAAAGGGGUAUUGUUCCUGUUUCCUUCCAAGACAUGGUUGCCGAUAGACAAGGAGCAACAGAUGUAACUAUUUCUCAGUAUGGUGUUGAUCUAUCCUUCAUGGCACAACAAGGGUUGUUACCUCCUGUUGUAGGCAGAGAUGAAGAAAUCGACAGAAUUGCACAGAUCUUAAGCAGAAAGAUGACAAAGGCACCCAUACUGCUUGGUGAACCUGGUGUAGGAAAGACAGCAGUCAUCGAGGGUUUGGCACAGCGUAUUGUUGAGGGUGCUGUACCUGAGUCCUUACGAAAACGCCGUAUCUUUGCGUUAGAUUUACUGUCUUUGUCUGCUGGAUCUGCAAUGAGGGGAGAAUUUGAAAAAAGAAUGAAGGAAAUUAUACAAUAUUUACAAGCAAAUGUAGAUGAAGUUAUUCUAUUUAUUGAUGAAAUACAUACUCUUAUUGGUGCAGGAAAAGCAGCAGGCAGCAUGGAUGCUAGCCAGAUCCUUAAGGUUCCUCUGGCAAGAGGAGAGAUUGUGCUAGUUGGUGCAACAACACUCAGCGAAUACAAACUUUACAUUGAGAAGGAUGCCGCCUUCUGCCGUCGUUUCCAGAAAAUCGUCGUAGAGGCGCCCUCCAAGGAACGAACUCUAAGUAUCCUUACUAAGGUAAAGGGUAACUACGAACGUCACCAUAACAUGCGUAUAAGUGACGAAGUAUUAGCAGCAGUUGUUGGUUUAUCUGAUCAAUAUAUAAAGAGAAGAUCUUUCCCAGACAAAGCUCUGGAUCUUCUUGAUGAAUCUUGUGCUAUGAGGAGAGUUCGUCAUAAUAAUAGAGUAGCGGAGGUCACUAAGUUAUUAGAGGAGCAUAGACAGAAAAAGAUCACACUGCCAGAUGGCGAAUUGAAGGCAUUAGAGGAGGAGUUCAAGACCCUCACGGAGCCAACAGAAGAGCGUCCUGAUCCUGAACAAAUAGACCUUGUUGUAGAUGAUGUUGCUCGUAUACUUAGUCUAUGGACGGGUAUACCCAUGGGAAGGAUGACGGAGGACGAGAUGACAAGGAUCCUUAAGUUAUCUGAGGUUCUUAGCAAGAGAGUUAUUGGUCAAGACGAGGCAGUGCAGGCAGUAGCGAAUGCUAUUCGUAAUCAUCGUGCAGGACUUAGCGAAGAUAAGAAGCCUAUUGGAGCAUUCUUAUUCUUAGGUUCAUCAGGUGUAGGGAAGACAGAAUUAGCAAAGGCAUUAGCUGAGGAAAUAUUUCAUUCAGAGAAGAAUUUAAUUCGAUUAGAUAUGGUUGAAUACCAAGAGGCUCAUAGUAUUUCUCGUCUAAUUGGACCUCCCCCUGGUUAUAUGGGUAAUGACGAGGGUGGACAAUUAACGGAGGCUGUUAGACAGAAGCCACAUAGUGUUGUAUUAUUUGAUGAAGUAGAGAAUGCCCACAAAAAUCUUUGGUCUCUUCUUCUACCGAUGCUGGAUGAAGGUCAUUUAACGGAUACAAAGAAUGUUCGUGUAGAUUUUACGAAUACAAUAAUAAUAAUGACAUCUAACAUAGGACAACAAUUUAUAUUAGAUGGAUAUAGGGAGGCAAGAGAGAUACAAAAAGGACAAAUAACACCAUUAGCUCAAUUUAAUAAAGAAAAAAAUACACUAGAGAAAUUUGUUAUGGCUAAGGCAGGUGCAGAUGCAGCAAAAGGUAUAAUUAAUAAUGAUAAAGAUAAAGAUAAAGAAAAAGAUAAUAAAAAAGGUACUAGUGCAGAUGCUGUUGAGAAAAAAAAAGGAGAACAAUGGUACUCAGGUAAUAACCCUAAAGAAAUACUCAAUAAAAUGCGACAAAAAGUUAUGCAAGAAGUACUUGGAUACUUUAAACCACAAGUUAUAGGAAGAAUGACCAAAAUCAUCAUAUUUGAGCCAUUAACAGAUAAUGCAAUGAGAGGAGUAUUAGAUUUAAUGUUUAGUCAUUUAAUUAAAGAAUUAAAUAAAAAAGGAAUAAAAUUAGAGGUAACAAAUUCAGCAAAAGAAUUUAUAUUAGGAAGAGCAUGGAGUCAUAAAUUCGGAGGAAGAAGGAUGGCUAAGUAUAUAGAGAAAUAUAUAACAGCAAAAAUAGCUCCUCUUCUUUUAUCUGCAAAAUUAAGGAGAGGGCACAAAGCACAAUUAAAAAGAGCACCUAAUCAACCUAAUCAACUUAAUCUUAUUAUAUGCGAAGAAGACGCGAAUGGUGAAUGUAAGCCAGGAACAAAACACGGCAGAGUGUUAGUAGUGCAGGCAGCAAAGGCAUCAAUAGGGGAAGGAGAAGAAGAAGAUCCUCUUAUUUAA